AUGGAGGAGGUCUACAGAACAGUCUCUGGCUUCACUCAGAGGAUGAUGAUCAAGUUCUUCCCUAUGCUCUACGUGCGGUACUUGCGCCUCACAGAGAGGCCCAACGAUGAGGCGGACGCAGCCUCGGACGCGCCUUCAAAGGAGGGACGCAAGAAGCAGGUCGCCCUCGAGGACAAGGCGGGGCUAGCGAGGGGAGGUAAGCGUAUCGAUGACGACCUCCAGCUUCGUUCUCAGUCAGCCAGCCUGCGAGAAAACCAAACGGAUCAUACGACCACCGCACCUCUCUUCGAGAUGUACGUUGUGUCCAUGGAGACGGCACUUUCGAUGACUGCUCUCCGGGUACACGAGGAUUUGAUGGCAGAAGGACUCCUCGUGGUUUUCAGGGAGUGUGCUGGCCAGGCGGCCAUUUUUGUUUCACAUCAGUGGGCGGGAGGUGGACACCCCGACCCAGAGUUCGAGCAGUUCAAAGUGAUGCAAACCUUUCUUGCAAAGCUUAUGCAAGGCAACAUCUCCGCAAUCUCGGGGAACAUCUUGGCGGAGCUGUAUCUCGACAAGCCGAAAAUUCCCGCAAAGGAGCUGCUGUCCUAUAAGCUCUGGGUUUGGUACGACUACUUCAGCGUUCCACAGGCGCCUGAAGCCACCGCCGAGCGGAAGCUGGCCAUUCACAGCAUUCCGUAUUACGUGGAGAGCAGCCGAUACUUUGCCAUGCUCUGCCCACUGAUCAAGCACGCGAAGGAAGGUACGAUCAUGGGGAAGCGGUCCUACAUCUCUCGAGGAUGGUGCAGGUUAGAACUUGCAGCCCGCAUCUUGAGUGAACGGGAGUCUUCCCAACAGACCAUCGAAGUCCACACCUCCAACCACCAAGUGGUCGCGCCGGUGGGGGACUGGAUCUUGAACGCCGUGGGAGAGGGCAGCUUCACGGUAUACCAAGAUUUGCAUCAUUCUGCUGAUGUGGUGUCAAGCAUGAUCACCCGAAAGCUGAAUCAUUAUUUGAGAGUGGGAGAUCUCCACAGUUUCCGCGUGCUCCUGAACCUGCGCUCGGUGAUUUACCGGGGCCUGCCGCGUGAGCCUUCGGAAACGGUGGUGCCGGGGUUCCACUCCGAAGACACGGACCCGGCCACGUACUUCUUGGAAGCCUUCUUGCACGAGAACGGCUUGAGCAACGCAGUGGAGCCUUGCUCCAAUGGUUGGACCCCGCUUUGCUACGCGGUUUUGAACGGGAGCCCCUUGUUGGUGAGCGCUCUGCUGGAUGCUCGCGCCAAUCCCCACGACUCCUUGAAGAAGACCAAGGCGACCCUUUUGCCCAACAUCGCGGGCAUCACGGCGCUCCAGGCUUGCACUUACCUGCGCCACAACGAGGCGGUGAAAGUCCUGAUCUCCCGCCGGGCGGACGUGAAGACCAGGGACACGAACGGCGCGGAAGCCAUCCACUGGGCUUCCUCCUCGAACAACGUGGACGCCAUCGCCUUGUUGUGCUCCAUGGGCUGCAGCCCGGCCACGCCGGUCAGCACAGGCCACCUGCCCUUCGCCAUCGCCAGCGCCACAGACAGCCUCGAAGUGCUUCGGGAGUUGCUUCCCCGGACCACGAAAGACUCGGUCCGCUCAGGUUUGCAUUCGGUGUUCUUCUUCGGAGGCACAUCAGGGAAGAUUGUGGCGACACUAAUUCAGGCGGACGCAGAUUUGAACCUGCCGAUGCAGACACGCUUGAUGAGUACCUUGGGACUGGUGCUUCGAUUCUUCUCCCUCCGCCACAGAUGGUCAAAGACAGCCUUGAGCACCUAUGCCUACCAUCAUCAAGGAGCCACGCCGCUCAUGUGCAGUCUGCUGACCUGCUCUUUCGAGGCAGCCGCGGUUCUGCUCGUCGCCGGAGCCGACACCACGCCAAUCAACGCCCGCGGCAAGUCCGCGGCGGACUUUGCAAACCAGAUGUCCGCCCCAGCCUACAUCCAGAAAGGCCUGGAGGGUGACCUCUCUGAAUGUCAGGCUUUAGUACAGUUCCUCUUUGACAACCCUUGA